GUGGCGAAACUGUUCGACAUGCCUAUCCUCAUUUCUUCGAUUCAUCCAUUCCAGGAGUUUGAAACAGGUUUUAAAAGUCCCUCUAUGGUAAAUAUUGGGUGUUCACACUGCUCAAAACCAUGAAUAUAUUGUGUAAGUUACAAGUUACUUUUUCUUCCAGAAUGUGCGUCCUAAUUUCCUUGUUUCUCCGAUGAAAUAUUCACGCGAUUGGUUUUCAUAAUUUUGACUCAAUGUAACUGACUCCCACGCAGUGAGUCGCGUGAAUGUCAUUAGAUACGAGAAGCGCCAGGGUAUCCAAGAGAAUCGAGAAUAAAGAUGUUAUGCUCACUUGAGGUGGAUUAUUGAGGAAUAUCUGGAGAAAUGUCGUUCAAAUGUUUACGUGUGGUAUCGUGGCGGUGAUAAAACAUACAUUGUUAUUGUGAUUGGUUGAAAAAUGGACAGUUGGUCGUAUUGAAGGUUAUAUAUUUACUUAUUCAUAUUAUUUUCGAUAUUUGCUAGUUCGUUUCUUUCAGUAUAGAACACUGACAUUCUUAGAACGUAUUGUGAUGAUUAAGUGAAGGCUUUGCAGUGACUGAAAGUUGCGACGUGAAAUGUCAUGACAAUAUGCCAGUAUGUCGAACUGCUAUGUUUCUGUUUUGUGUGUUAUGGUGUUAGCAGUUAUUGUGACUUCUAAUGAGCUCAUUAAUGGCACAACGACAUUGGAAUUUCCUACAACAGAAUCUGACCGGAUGGAGAUUAUUAAAACCCCAUCGGACAGGACAGAAACGGAUACCAUUGCUUCAGCUGAAACUGAUGCCACCACAACAGUAUAUAUAGACAGUUCAGAUGAUUCAGGAGUGUGCCAGAAAAUGCUGGAAGAUAAGUUGACAAACGCGUUUACUGUUAUUGCCCAUUCUCAGGAUUUAUCAGCAAGUUGUGAGGCUUUCGCCAAACCUUCACUCUGCUAUUCCGCAUUUCCUUUGUGCCAUGAAGAUGAUUUGGAAGGAGAACAAGGACCUCGUAAAAUUUGUCGAGAAGAUUGUGAAAUUCUUGAAAACGAAAUGUGUUCAACUGAGUAUGCUAUUGCAAAGCGACAUCCACUUAUUGGUAAACAGCUGGUGUUACAUGAAUGUGAUGAACUACCUCCAAUUGGUUCGAAGGAAAGCAAGGGUUGUUUGAAGUUGGGUAUACCAAGACCAGAGAAUGUUGAUUCAAGUCACACUUGCUACAGAGAUAAAGGACAAACAUACAGAGGCACUGUAAGUGUUACUGCUACUGGUUUACUUUGUACACCUUGGAGUCAGCAGUUAAUACAUAAGGCAUCAGAUCACCCUGAACUAGUUGGUGGCCACAGUUUUUGCAGAAAUCCAGGAAAUACUGAAAAUCAACCUUGGUGUUUUACUGUUCAGAAUAAAAAGGAACUCUGUGAUAUCCCUAAGUGUGAUUUUAACAUUUGGGUUUACGCUGUAGCUGCAGCAAUAUCUGCGACUCUUUUGGUGGGUCCUUUUGGAAUAUAUUGGUGCUGUUUCAGGCAAAGAAAGAAUGCGAAUGUUCAUUUAAGUCAACCUUUAAACAGUGCAGGAAAUAAGAUAUGUGUUCUGAAAACUCAGCAUUCGUCGCCAAGUAAAAGUACAUCAAAAGGUUCCCAAGUCGUGGAAAUGCAUUUGUUGUUACCUGACAGUAGUAACAAGAAAGGAGAACGUGUAUCAAGUGGAGUUCGAGCUCGAGAGUACCAGUUGGCGAAUGUGAAAUUUCUUCAGGAGUUGGGCGAAGGAGCAUUUGGAAAAGUGUACAAAGGAGAAGUAAAUACAGGUGAACCCGGAGAACCUUUGCAAGUAGCCAUUAAAACUUUGAAGGAGAAUGCCACACCAAAAACACAAGCAGAUUUUCGCAGGGAAGUUGAAUUGAUGACUGAUUUGCGACACAACAAUAUUGUGUGUUUGCUGGGAGUCGUAAUGAAAGGAGAGCCCCUUUGCAUGCUUUUUGAAUAUAUGACUGAAGGUGAUUUGCACGAGUUCCUUAUUUCACAUUCCCCCAGAGCUGAUGUUGCUGGCAGUGAUGAAGGGAGUCAUGUCCUUGGCCAGUCUGAGUUCCUUCAUAUUGCGUUACAAAUUGCAACAGGUAUGGAGUACCUCUCAAGUCAUCAUUAUGUUCAUAGAGAUCUAGCAGCACGUAAUUGUCUAGUUGGAGACAAUUUAACUGUUAAAAUAUCUGACUUUGGUCUUUCAAGAGAUAUUUAUUCAUCAGAUUAUUACAGGGUUCAAUCCAAAUCUCUCCUUCCUGUGAGAUGGAUGCCACCUGAGUCAAUUUUGUAUGGUAAAUUCACCACUGAAUCAGAUGUAUGGAGUUUUGGUGUUGUAUUGUGGGAAAUAUAUAGUUAUGGAUUACAGCCAUACUAUGGCUAUAGUAAUCAAGAAGUUAUCGACAUGAUUCGAUCACGGCAAUUACUCCCAUGUCCUGAAGACUGCCCUUCAGGAUUGUACAGUCUCAUGAUCGAGUGCUGGCAUGAAAUUCCUAAUCGUCGUCCCCAGUUUCCUGAGAUCAAUUCACGGUUACGUUCGUGGUGGUCUAAUUUACCCAAUAAGGAGUGUGAUGAUAAAUUAUCUGUUCCAACAAAUGCUUCAGAACGAAUUGUGGCAUCAACUUCAUGUUUUAAUCCGUGUCCAACUACAACUGUGCUUCACACUGGGAGUUUGCCAUCGAACUAUUUGCAACAACAUGCUCCUAUGCAGCACAUUCAAAAUCAAAUUCACUCUUCGCAAAUGAGUAAUAGUCACCAUGUACUUCCUGGUUAUUAUCAGUUUCAAGGUUCAAAACCUGUGGCUAUGUACCAGAGACAUGGAAAUAGAGCUAAAACUUACAGUGCUGGAGUAUCAAAUUCUCCAAUUCAUCACCAAGGUCAUACUUCCUUUGGAACAACAGUGCCAAUGCCUGCACAAUUGAUUGUGCGACUACCGUCACAGUAUAAUAGAAGUAGUAAUGGUAUAGAAUCAAAAAUAUCUAAUAUUUGAUAAAACUGAAGUACUAUUUUUACUCAUAAGUGUAUUUUCAAUGUAAUAUGAUUUCAUGUAUGGAAUGAGGCUUUCUUGUACAUGUUUUUCAAAAUUGUUUUCAAAGUAGGUGAAUAAUUAUUAUGCAUCAGUCCAUCCAAAAUUAAAGUUAAAUGUACCUUUGUAAUAUAACAUAUCAUGUGUAUGGACAAUAGAGAUUUUGGAGACACCAAUCAAUCUUCCAUAUAUUAUUACUUUAAAAUUAUGUUGAGUGUAUUGUUGGUUGUAUUGAGUGAAAGCCUCAUUUUCACAUUGUGUCAUGAGGGAACCACAGUACAGUGCUGUGAUGUUUGAUGUGAAACUGUCAGCACUUUCUGGUUUGUGGUCCACAUGUAUCUCAUUUGUAAAGUGGUAUGUAAUGUAGGUUUGUUUGGAAAAUAAAUGUGCCCAUUUAACUUUUGCAAUGGUGUGUACUCUUACAUUGUUAUUAAUGGAAAGUUUUAUUACGAUUAAUUCAGAAAAAUUAGAUGACACUCUCAACACUGUUCAUUUAUGAGUGCUUGACAUCUUUUAGGUUUUGUUAUGUUUUAAUUUUAUUAUUCUGUAUUAUAUAAAAAAGGAGCAAUCAGUUUUGGUGUGAGUGUAUGAAUGUAUGACUUUGAAAUAUAGAGAGAGAAGAAGAAGAAGAAAAGAGAUGAGAUGAGAUACAUGUAUGUUCAGUAGUUAUCUCCUUAUAUCUUGAAAUUGUGAUAGCAUUUUCUUUGUAUUUAUUUAAUUAUAUCUACCUUCAAAGAUUAUGUGAUGUAGAGUAAUGUUUGUAGGUACUGAAUUUGCUUAUUGUGUUAUUUUUAUUAUGAGCAGUAGUUAGGGAUCCCAUAUGUCCCAGUUUUCCUGGGAUAAUCCGGAUUUUAAUCUUUGUCCCGGAGACUCACUAAAUUAUUUUGGCAUGCCAAAAUUUCUCAAGUUUUUACAAAUACAAAAGUAUUCAAUAUGUUCUAAUAAAAUGUACAGUUAUUUUGAAUCUGAGACUUCAAAUUUCCUAAUGAAUUGUUGGUCUCCCGGACAAGGAUUUUUUAGAAAGAUUUGUUCGUUCAUUUGCGUCAUUCCUUUUUGUUUACAUAUAUAGUGGUGUAAAAUUGUUCAUUUUCGAAAUAAUUGUUGGCAAUUUAAUGAAAUAUUAUUUUAAUACAAAAACAGCAAAAUCCUCAAGAGAAAGUAUGUUUUCAGUGAAAAUUAAUAGGCGCAGUUCCCAUUUAUAAAAGAAACUACUGACUGUUCCAAAGACAAAGUGGAAUGUGAUAUCUGCCAUGCAGUAUUUAACUUUUAACAUUUUUUAACAGUUUUUUCAUAAUUAGUCUUAGUUUUAUAAUUGUCAGUUCAUUACUAUCAUAAUGAUCUGUUUUUAAACACACUGAAAGAAGAAAAUUAUUCUGUGUUCAUAGAGUAUUCGGAAUAAUGGUAUUCUGUUUCAUGUAAGAUCUUCCCUCAAUUAUAAUUGUGUGUGUUGUGUUCUAGUUUUUGAGUUUAAAAAUAUGGGUUCCCUAGCAAUAGUGAAUGAAGAAGGGACAAUUCAGCCUUCAGCCAAAUAUAAUUACCUUCUUUCUUACCUUGACAUUCUCCUCUCUCUGGCAUGGUAUUAUUCUUGAGGUUUAGGAUAUUGUCAAAGUAAUGACUGAUUUUAUAUUUCUAUACACUGAGUAAAUGAUGUAGUAGUUUGAAGCAUUCAGAACAGAAUUUUGUUGUCAUAUGGUCAGCUUGCACAAUAUUUCUCCUCUUUCCUUUUCUUGGAUCUUCUUGGAAGACUACUGCAUGGGGAAUGAAUUCCCUUACUUCUUCAGAGUUUUAACCUUGUUCAUAUUAAAGUUACAAAAAGUGCACAACUAUUUUUAGUCUAUUGCCGUUCAGUAUAUUGUGUUCUGUUAUUAAUUACAAUUUACUGAGAAGAAGACAAUGGAACUAGGAUGAGAGAAAUUCAUAGAAUUAGCAGGUAUCUUAAUUUUUGGGAGCAAGUUAUGAAGUAUGGUAUGUGUUAAAAUAUGUCAGUGAAAAUAUUUAGAGCCUAUCUUCUUCUUCACAGGAGCAAGUGAUAUCUUAUUUAGUCAUGUUUUCUCCCUGAGUGGUAUCGUCUCAUGAAAUCUGUAGUAUUGUAUUAAAUAGGCAGUCAUAUGCUUUUGCAGGAGUCUCUUGUUUUAUGUCAUGUUUCAUUUCUCAUAAUCUAUUCUAUCAAGUAAUUGUUCUAAAAUCACAAUUCUCUCAUUACUGCCACUUGCUGAUCAACCGUAUAUAUGAACUUGUGAGUGAUCAUUGAUCUGUUCCUUUAUGUAACAAAAUCAAGAAUUGUGCAUACAGUUUAAUAAGUAUGUCCUUUUGCAUUCAUGAUCUUCCUAAAUACUUUAAUGUAUUAUGAAUUUGUAAAUGUUAUGAAAUUGAAGGCUGGAUUCUCAAAGGUGUUAAGCACCAAAAAUGCUAUUUGCUGUUUAUUGAGAAAAUAUGGUACGAUGAAACCCUUUAAGUUUCUAAUUCUUGGGGCCCUACAUUCCCAUCAGCUCUCUCUUUAAUCCCACUGAUGCAUCACCAUGGUGUGCUCCCAACACAUUUAAUUUGUAAGAUUUGGGGCACAAAAAUUUGCAUUUUGUUUAGAAAUAGACAAAACAUCUGUGGUUCACAAUAACUGUUUUAUCAAGCAAUCCGUUAAAUAAAUUGUCUAACGAACUGAAAUAACUACAAUAAAGAAAAUAGAAAUUUACAUGUUUCCCAAUCAAUGUUCUCUCUUGGAUGGCGACCUCUGUAUUUGACUAAAAUUUUGGAGGAGUUAGAAAUCAAACUGAAGUUCUCUGCUGGUUGCUGACCCAGCUUUGAUGAUUCACAAGGAAAGGCAUCAAUUUAGUUUACGUCAAUUUACCUUUAACCAGUUAAUAAUGUUAAUUAAUAAUGUAAUAAACUAUCUAACAAACUGAAAUUACACAAUGCCCAUUACAAACAUAAUUAUCUAUUCCACAAUUGUGUGCAGCCUGUCAAACUUCACAUAACAUAAGAGCUCAGAAAAGUACAAAAAAUAUAAGUGGUGUGACUUGACUCACACAAAUAAAAGUGAAUGUGACUGAACAUCAGAGUGAAAGACCAGUUUUUCAAUAUUGAGCUCCACUUGACAGAGCACUAAGGAUUAAAUAGAUUCUCAUGCUUUCUUGAACAAAUUAUUGUCAUAUAUCUUGCUUGAACAAGUAAUCAAGGUUUAAUGAAGUGAUAAUGACCUUUCCUCAUCAUCUUCUUCAAGAAUGCCUGAAAUGUUUCAAUUCAAAUCAUUUUCAUAACAUACUGCUUGUAGUAGGUAGCUUUGAUACUUAACCCCUUGGAGAAUUCCAGUCCUGAGAUGUACUUUUCAAGCCAUACCACUGAAUCCAAAAAUGUGAUCCUACAGAAUAGUGUGAGCUUUGUUCAUUCUGUUCCUGUACAAUAUUGUCAAUGUUUUGGUUCUAUGUCAUUGUUCAGAGCUUGAAUGCAUAAUUCAAAUAAUGUUGCAGAAAUAUUUUAUCAUUUCUGACAAAGAGGAAUUGCCUUGUGGAUGGUCAAGAAGUCGUGGACCCCUUUUUGAUGCUUACAUCUGAAUUGAAAUCGACAUUCUUAUCAAGCCUUUGGUUAGUAGUUCUGUUCUCUAUCAUUAUAUUGGAGAUAUGUCAAUGCACAUAUGUUUAUUUUAUGUGUACAUUAUGUAGAGUAUAUGAAUAUUUUAAUAAGUGCUUUAAGCCCACAGCAAUUAUUGUUAUUGUUAUUAUUUUUAGUAAUAGUAGAUGUAGCAAUAGUAAUAAUUGUAUUCUUUACUUGUCUGUUUACCAAAGAGACAAUUUAUUUCUAUUGUCAAACAACCUUGUAUUUUCAAACACCAAGAAAAAAGUUGAAUAAUUUUAUUUUUGGAAAGUUAGUAACUCAACUUGAAAAAUUGGCUUUGAAUACUUUCAAAGACACGCAUUUUUCCCAAACUUUAGAAUAUAAUUUUUAAAUGUCAAGUAGGCAAAGAAUAUUGAUUGCUGAUUGGAGAUAUUGUUGAUUUGUAUGUGAACGUAAAGUAGGUAAUCUCGGGGAAACAAUUUUCUCAUGUUUCAUAUAUUCUCAUGAAUGAAAAACAUGAAAUUUUAAAAUACAAAUUCCCCCUCUUUUUAUCAGGAAAUCAGUCAUUGCAGCAAUACAUAAUUUAAGUUCAGUAUAUAAAUUCGUAUAUUUUUGUAAUGCAUUUGCCUUGCAAUAUAAAUCAAAUGGAUUAAAAAAGGAUAAAUACUCUGGGCAGGUUAAAGUGCACUUUGUACCUUAAAAAUGAUUUAUUUAAAAAAGUACUGUGAAUAAGUGGAUCACAGGUGUUCUUAUUACAUGAAAUAGCAUGUAGAACAAAACUUUAUUUGGCAGAAGUAUAACAAUUGUAAAAUCAAAAUUAGGUUAAAUAAGGGUACUAAUAGUAGUUCUGUACUUUAAUAUCAUAUCAAAAUUAAUCAAGAUGAAAGGUCAAGGUAAAAAUCAAUAUAAUUAAGGAGCAAAAGUCACAGUGAGUUGAUUUUAUCCAUAUCUGAUUUGGGAGUAACUUACCAAUAAUACGUUCGUAGGCUUCUGCGGCCCGAGUCAAUACAUUCUUGGCUAUCCGGAAUGAGCCGUGCCUCGGACCAUUGUGCUGACGUUUCGGCUGUCUUGCUUUGGCCUUCUUCAAAGCUAUACUGCUGAUGUAUAGCUCUGAGGAAGGCCACAGGUCAGUACAAUUAACCAAGACACGGCUCAUCGUGGUUAGUCAAAAAUGUACUAACUUACCACUAAUGUUUCUGUGCACUCUUUACUAUGUUGCAUUGUGUAUUUCUUCUCUGAUUAGCAUCCAAACUCUAAUGCUGUACAUCUUGAUAUGCUGUUGCCUUGGGAAUACAUUAUCUGCAAUAAAUAUAUGCAUAUGCAAUGUAAUGGUGCCUGUCUGUUUCAUUACUGAGCCCAUUAGGAAGCACGUUUUAUGGGCAACAAAUAAAGAGUACUACCCAACUAGGCAAGUCAUGACAACAUCAGCAUCGCUAAAUUGCUGUGAAUCAUUCGUGAUCUGAAUAUUUUGGUACAGUAGAUAGGAAACAAAGGAUCAAUGGUAAAAUUAGCAUUGAACAGUGAUGUCUAAUCAAACAAUAAAUACAAUUAAUUUUAUAAGUCCAUGUUAUUUAAAAUGUAUUUAUUAUGAACAGCUGUAUGCCUUAAUGCCCAUUACUUGUCUGAUAGGCUUUUACCUUUAUUCACUCGGAUACUCAGUGGCUGCCUUUCAAUUCUACCUCAUUGUCUUUGAUGGUCUGGGAGCUCCCAGAAGGCUUCAGUCUUCCACAAUCCUUAAUGGCAUACACAAGUUAAUUUACUUUUCUCUUUCCCAAGCAAUCUGUAAAUUGAACAAAAACUGCUUAUUGAGUACUAGAGUAAAGGCAUUGAUAGUGGCCACUGCUUCAGUACCACUUGAAGCACAACAUUUGAAAAAUAAUUGGUGGAAGCAUACCACUGACUUCGAACGUGCAGAAAGUGGAGCUUACAUCUUCAAGUGGUAGAGAUAACAAAAGAGAAUUUAUUACUUUUUCCCCUAUUUUAUAUUUAGAGAAUUAGUUGAAAACAUUUUAUUACUAUUGACAUUGCUAUAAUGUUAUCUGAACUAAUUCUAUUCUGGACUAACAACUAAUGUUCAGUGGGUACAAUACCGAGGGGACGUUAUCUGAAUAUUACGAAAAGGUUGCAAUUUUCAAAUUACCACUACUAGAACAAAAUCAAUGUUUGGAAAUAAAUUUAAAAAAUACUAGUUGAAAAUUGGCCAUUUUCAGGAGAUCUACUCAGAAAGAAGUAUGCUAAUUGCUUAUUGAGUUUCACAUAACUAAUAUAACCCAAGAAUUUUAAGAAAUCUACAAAAAUAUUCUUAACUAUAUCCACUGCUGGUGCUUUUACCUUAGAUAUGAAUCAUUUCAAUAUUUUUUUUCCUUUCAUUUGCACUCUAAAGUAGGAAAUUUCAUGGAUUUACACUGGCAUCCUCAGCUUUCUUCAAUGGUUUCCAGAGCUCAAAGUUCAGUCAUUCUAUUUGCCUCUGUAUCAUUGCUUAUUUCCCAUUCUAUCAUUAGUAGUUCAUUGUGAUUUCCAUAUAUGGUAACAUUGUAGCCUACUUUCCAUAAAUAAAAAGAUAUUUUAGACAGUGUUUUUCAAGUUGUAUCCUUGUGCAUUGACUCCAUAUACUGUUCUGAAAUUGAUUUAUCUUUUCCUUUGUGUAUCGUUACUAAAACAUUAGCCCCUUUUCUGAUGUUUCCUUAUUAGUUUUAUGAAUUCAAACUUUCAGAUUAUGCAAUUUGUUUUACAUAUAUUUUUUAAUGUAUUAUGAAAUUGAUGUAUCACUGCACUUCUCCGGUUGCAUUAUCUAUUCCAUUUUCAGAGAAAAUUUACACCACUGAUAAAUAAACACAUUUACAUGCAUAUGUGAUACAUAUGCAUGUAAAUGUGUUUAUGUAUCACAUAUGCAUGCAUACAUGCCUAUCUUCUUUGAGUUUUAUGUAUGUAUGAAGUGUUCUUUUUGCAUGUACACACACACACAGUUUACAUACACAUGUAAAUACAUUCGUACAUACAUGUAUACACGUACACAAGGCAAGGUGCCAGGUGUGGUCAAAUAAGAUUAAUGCCGUUGGUUCAGUAACUUUCAUUAUGCUAGCUGUGGAUCAUAAUGAACGAAUGUUCUCUGAAGCUUAUGCAUCAAAUACCUUGACCUCCCAAGUCAGCAUUAUUUUCCUUAAUGUUACUGCUGCUUGAUUGCGGUUGCCUUAAAUUGCUAAUGUUCCAUAAUGCUUUCAUUUAUGGCCAUUAUCAAGGAAUAUAGUCAACUGAUACCAAUUCUUACCCUUUUUUCAAAUUUGUUUUUAUUCCUUGAUUAGGAGUUACAUCCAAAAUGUUUCUGAAUUGAUUUUAUUAUUUCUGACGUGACUACAUUUAUCCUUUUUUGAGCUGACUUCAUCAUCUCUUCUGAAUACAAUUUAGCUAGCAUUUAUGUUUUCAUAUAUUGAGUUUGGUGGUUGCUCCUUUGUGACCAAAGCAAGCAAUGUGAGUAAUUGAUGAUCUAAACGCAAAAUACUAAUUUUUAUUUUAACAUUUGAUAUCAAAAUAUAUUAUGGAAAUAAAAUCUUCAAUGCAAUGUAUUGAUUGUAAUGAGUGUAAUACAAUAUGUACUUUUUUCUCUGUAUGUAAGUUUAAAGGAAUAUUAUAAUGAUUCUGAUAAAUUUUUCGGAUAAUGUGUAAAUAUGUUGGCCUGAAAUGGUCUUGGUAAAAUCAUAUUAUUGCUAGUCACAGCAGUCUUUUUUAAUUGUGUGUGUUUAAAGUGAAAUGGAUGUACAUUUUUCCAUUAAAAGAAGUAUGUAUUUCUAGAGUUUUUCUUUAUUUUUGGUUUUGUUUUUUAUUCAUUCACAUUUGAUUAAAAUUUCAAUCUUAUAAUAUGACUUUUGAUGAUACAUCUUACUAAUAUUUUCCUACAUGUUGUGAUACACUUUGUCAGGAAAUUGUUUACAAAGGAUUAGUUAAAAAUGUGUUUGUGAAAGGGGAGUUAGUAAUGUGUUUUGGUAAUAGGAGGUUUCUCGUAACUACAGUUGCAUUCAUUUUAAUGGAAAAAUUUCAAUGUAUUCCAUUUUAGCAGUGUCAAACUGAAAAAUGUACAUCGUUUUCACUCAUUAUGUGGUAAAUUAAUUUUUAUCUUUAGUAUUGAUUAUUUAUUUUGUUUAUUUAUUUAUUUUCAAUUAAAUGCAUGAAGUAAAAAUAUGAAAAAUUUUUGUCUUUUAUCUUUUCCAAGUUUCUACCUUUGCCUUCCUUAAAUUCUGAAAAGAGAAGUAGUCAUUCUAAUAUUUUGUGUAAAGUUCACUUCUUCAUUCUAUUACUUAUAAUGUGUAUUAAUGUGUCAUCAAUGAAGUUUACUUUUAAUGAAAAAAAAUUGUGAUUAUUGCGCAUGAACAGUACUUCCAUGUUCAUUUAUAAUUUUUUACAUGAACUUAAACUUUCCUUUCGACUGUGAGUGUGCUGUAAUCUCCCAACUCGUGAUAAAUGCUUCUUAAUGCAUUUUUUUAAGUUUUUUGUUUGAUCAACUUAUUGUAAUUUCAACUCUCACUUGCAUUUAUGCCAGUGCCUCCAUAGACAAUCUACAUGAUUUCAAACUGCUCUUCCACUUAGAUUUCAUACUUUCUACUUAUAUCAACAUGUUAACAUAAUUUAAUAUGAAAAUCUUUCAACAGUGUACCACUUGGUAGUACCUUUGGGGCUUCCUUCACUUUUGGUGUAAAUUGGUUCAGAAGUUGUGAAAUCUUGAAAUUUUCCUAAAUUUUUAAUUGUGUGGAGUUUUAAUCUUCGGGGUUGUUAGGAUAUUAAAUGAUAGGCCAAUAUCAAGAUUAACAUUUUAGUAGGCUGUAAUUAUGUACUUAAUGAAACUCUUUAUUUUCUUGAAUCUUUCUGGAUGAAUCUCCUUAAUUCUCAAUAAAAUGUUCUCCUUUUCUUGCUUCAUUGGAACCGUUUAAAUGAAAGUCAGUUUAUGUAUGUGUGCCAACUUGAGUUAGCUCUACAAAGUAUGAGAGAAUAUGAACAAAUUAAAGAAUGUGAAAUUUCUUGGGUUUUAGGAAGAGAAAAAUUACAUGAAUUGAUAUUAACACAUAUUAUAUUUAUGCAUUAAAGAGAGUUGUCAUGUUAUGUACUUUUAUGGAUACAGUUUGCAGUUUUACUUUUGCAAUUCUGACAAUGCCAUUCAAAUAAUGUCUGUAUUUCAUGCAUAAUUAUUUCUCCAGAAAACCUCUUCUUUCUCUUCUAUUAUUGCAGUUCUCAUUGAAGUAUGAUUUUACAAGUUCAGCUGCUUGACCAUCCUUUUGCAAACAAGGUUUUUAACUUAGCAUUUUGCAUAAAGAUAAACCUGUUAAAAAUAUAGCCUUUUUGAUUUCACUGCCAGUAUCUCAGAAAUUCUUCCAAACCCUAUUCUUAAUAGUUAGAUUUGUGACUUUUACAUCAAUAGUAUUUUUCCACUAAUUCUCUUCCUGUUCAAGAGUGAUGUCAUCAAAAACUAAGCACAAUAUUUUCACUUAAUUCUAAAUGGAGGUGGUGAUUGUAUUUUCUGUUCAGGAAGCCACGAUAACUAAUACAGUAAAAGUUAAUAUUCUGAUUUCUUUGAUGUUUAAUAUAAAGUUAUUUUUCUUUGAUCACAGCAAUGCAUAUUAUUGGAGAAUACAAUAACAAUAUAAUCGUGGCAAAUUAUGUUAAUAUCUUAUAAAGCUACAACUUUGAAAAUCUACUGUGUGCUUUUGAAGAACUUCAGAAUGUGCAUCUCAAUGUUAUUACUAAAUUUGAGCCAUUAAGGUGGGGAUGGUCAAAAAAUUAGUAAAUAGGUCUUUUUGUAGGUACAAAAGUAUCAUCUAAAUAUAAAACAAAUUACUAGCAUUUUUGAAAAUAGUCCCUUUAAGUCUUCCAUGUGUCUGACAAUGAUCUGGAAGGUAUUGAAUAGUGUUGGCUGUGUAAUAUGAUGAUGUUUGUCAUUAAGAUGUCUUCAUUGUUUGCGUAACUUCACAUCCCGUGUUUUUUUCUGUAUCAGAAUGUAUUCUUAGACACAUACUAGAUCGUAUUAUGUAAUACUGUGAGGAAGCACUUUAUGUAAUACUGUGAGGAAGUUUUUUUUUUUU